CCCCGCCCGCUGCCCCCGCCCCUCCCGCGCUGGCUUUCUCCCUCCCUCCUUCCCUGGCGGGGCUCCGGCGGCGGCUGCGGCGGCGGCGGCGGCGGCGCUUGGCGCGGGCAGGUCCCCCUGCUGCCCGGUCCCAUUUGUUGCCGAGUCCUGCUCGGAGCGGCGGCGGCGAGCGGAGCUCCGGGGAGCCCGGCGGGGCAGCCGCACAGCCACGACGGAGCAGCCGCGGGACUGGCCGCCCCGCGCCCCCUUCGCCGCCGUGCCCUUCCCCGGCGCGCUCACCCCGUUCUCAGGAUGGGAUUGUAGCGGCGGCGCGGACUCCGCGGGGAUCGCGGCGGAGGAGGCGGCGGCGGCGGCCGAUCGGGGCUCCAUGUUUUCCCCCGGCCAGGAGGAGCACUGCGCCCCCAAUAAGGAGCCUGUGAAAUAUGGGGAGCUGGUAGUACUAGGGUACAAUGGUGCUUUACCUAAUGGAGACCGCGGCCGGAGGAAAAGCAGAUUUGCUCUCUAUAAGCGGCCAAAGGCUAAUGGAGUCAAACCCAGCACGGUCCAUGUGAUAUCCACGCCACAAGCGUCCAAGGCUAUCAGCUGCAAAGGUCAACACAGUAUAUCGUAUACUCUGUCAAGGAAUCAGACUGUGGUGGUGGAAUACACACAUGAUAAAGAUACGGAUAUGUUUCAGGUGGGCAGAUCAACAGAAAGCCCUAUCGACUUCGUUGUUACAGACACAAUUUCGGGCAGUCAGAACAAUGAUGAGGCCCAGAUUACACAAAGCACCAUAUCCAGGUUUGCCUGCAGGAUCGUCUGCGACAGGAGCGAACCUUACACAGCACGGAUAUUCGCAGCCGGAUUCGACUCUUCCAAAAACAUAUUUCUUGGAGAAAAGGCAGCAAAAUGGAAAAACCCCGAUGGCCACAUGGACGGGCUCACUACAAAUGGCGUCCUGGUGAUGCAUCCACGAGGGGGCUUCACUGAGGAGUCCCAGCCUGGGGUCUGGCGUGAGAUCUCUGUAUGUGGGGACGUGUACACCUUGCGAGAAACCAGGUCGGCCCAGCAGAGGGGAAAGCUGGUGGAGAGUGAGACCAACGUCCUGCAGGACGGCUCCCUCAUUGACCUGUGCGGGGCCACCCUUCUCUGGAGAACAGCAGACGGCCUUUUCCAUACUCCAACGCAGAAACACAUCGAGGCGCUCCGGCAGGAGAUCAAUGCCGCCCGGCCACAGUGUCCCGUGGGACUCAACACCUUGGCCUUCCCCAGCAUCAACAGGAAGGAGGUGGUGGAGGAGAAGCAGCCCUGGGCAUACCUCAGCUGCGGCCACGUGCACGGGUACCACAACUGGGGCCACCGGAGCGACACGGAGGCCAAUGAGAGAGAGUGUCCCAUGUGCAGGACUGUGGGCCCCUACGUGCCUCUCUGGCUCGGCUGCGAGGCAGGGUUUUAUGUAGACGCAGGACCACCAACUCAUGCUUUCACCCCUUGUGGACACGUGUGCUCAGAAAAGUCUGCGAAAUACUGGUCUCAGAUUCCGUUGCCUCAUGGAACUCACGCAUUUCACGCUGCCUGCCCUUUCUGUGCUACCCAGCUGGUUGGGGAACAGAACUGCAUCAAAUUAAUUUUCCAAGGUCCAGUUGACUGAUGCCCUUGACAGCCAUCUACGACUUUAUUAACAAGUUACUGUGAAGAUUUUGCCACUAACUCUAGAUUUUACCUUUUUAUAAUGCUGUUUA